CAGUAAUGCCGCUUGGACAAUGGGGUAAAAGUCUCCUGCGUAAUUCGCCCUAGUAGUUGGCCGGAGUGGGCACCGACGACGCUCGGGAGCAUAUUUAAACCUAUGACGAUAGGAACAUCAUUCGAUCUCUUGGAUUUAAAGGACACGCGCGCGCGGCGGCGAAGUCCACACCGCAAGUUUACAUGAAGUGUCCCAUUUGGGACAGGGUCGAACGGUUCAUAUUUCACCAGCUGAUUCUCAAAACUUGAAUUUUUAAAAUUCUCUGUGAUUAUCAAAACUGCAUUAUCCUAGAUGUUUUCAACAACAAAAUGAACACAGCCUGUGCGCUUGCGUGUUUCCUUUUGCUUUCGGUUUGUGUUUUUGCAGGUUCUCACACUUUGAUGGGGCUUGCAAUUUACAUUAGAGGAGAAAGAGCAUUUAGUGCUUCAAUUAUGUUGGAUGACAUCACUGUAGGAUAUUAUAAUUCAGAAACAAAUAUCUAUGUUGCAAGAGGAAAUACUUCAAAUGAAGAUGAUCUCAUAGAUCCAAAUAUCCUCAGGGCUGUAAGUGAAAAUGUGCUUGUUCAUUUUAUAGAAAGAUCACAUCGCCUGAGACCUGUCAACGACACAGAAAGUCAUGUAGUUCAUCAGGUGAUGGGUUUUUGUGAACAGAGUGACAAUAACCUUGGACAAAUGAUCAGCAAAACCGCUUAUCGAGGCUCUACAUUUGAUGAGCUGCAUAUUUUUGCUGGCAAAUUCACAUAUCAGGUAUUUUCAAAUUACACUGAACCAGAAACAAAACGCAAUCUUGAACUGUCCAAGUCACGUCUUGAGAAGUUAUAUUACCCAGCCUGCAUAAAAAUGCUGAAGAAUUACCUUAAAAAGAGAGAAACUCAACUAAACAGAAAAGUGAAACCGCAAUUCAGACUCAUUCAGAAAGCAAACUCAGAUUCUGGAGGGAUUCGUUUGAGUUGUUUGGCAACGGGAUUUUAUCCUCGUCACAUCAACCUGACCCUGUUCAGAGAUGGGCAGCCUGUAGCUGAUCAUGAGAUCACUGGAGGAGAUCUGCUGCCCAAUGCCUUUGACCUCGCAUUAUUGAAAGCUCACAUAAUUUGA